AUGUCUGAUCAGGAGGCAAAACCUUCAACUAAGGACUUGGGGGACAAGAAGGAAGGAGAAUAUACUGAACUCAUUGGACAGGAUAGCAGUGAGAUUCAUUUCACAGUAAAAAUGACCUCACAUCUCAAGAAACUCAAAGAAUCCCACUAUCAAAGGCAAGGAGUUACAGUGAAUUCACUCAAGUGUCUCUUUGAAGGUCAGAGAAUUGCUGAUAAUCCUAUUCCAAAAGAACUGAGAAUAGAGGGAGAAGAUGUGAUUGAAGUCUAUCAGCAACAAAUGGGGGUCAUUCAAAGGUUCAAGAAAUUUUUAGAAGUGACAGCCUCUCUCAUCUUCCAAGGAGCAGUCAGUGAGGAAGGUUUUGGGGUAGACAAAAGCAUAUCCAUAUUGUGA